AGCCUUGACAGAACUGUGCAUUGUUUGUUAUGCGCCAGUGAUCUUAUGACCAGAAGCCACAGAGCUCUGAUUGUUUUUGUUUGCAAUCACACCAUUAGGAUGGUGCGAUGUCCUCGCUGCCUUAAGCUGUAUUAAUGCUUGCCUUGUCUUGGGGUCAGGUUGUCUAAACAUCAGCCUGUUACCAUGGUUAGUCCACGCUAUCAGUCUGAAAGACGUCGCUGUAAAGAAAACACAGUAGUCUGUAUCUACAAGCCAGAAUGUUGAACACAGUGAUAUUUAAACGUACUUAAUCGGUUGUCCGUGCUGUUGGUCCUUUUGGAGUCCCGGGACUCAAGUGAGAGGAGCAACAUGCCCAAGGACUCUGACAAACCUGGGGGUGGAGAGAACAGAACUGACUCCUCUGAACAGUCCCAUAGUAAGAGAGUCCAGAGAGGCACACCUAGUCCUCACAGAGGGAACACCCCACAAUCCAGCCCACCAAGAUUUGUGUCAGUGGAGGAGCUCAUGGAGACGGCGAAAGGUGUGACCAACAUGGCCCUGGCCCAUGAGAUCGUAGUGAAUACUGACUUUCAGGUGAAGCCCUCAGAGCCAGCAGAAGGAAGUUUGGAAAAAAGAGUGAAGGAAAUUAUGCAUAAAGCAUUCUGGGACGUUCUAGAGGCACAACUGAGUGAGAACCCGCCAUCAUAUAAUCACGCCAUCAAACUUCUUGCUGAGAUCAAACAGACUCUGCUGUCCUUUCUGCUUCCGGGUCAUGGUCGGUUGAGGGGGCGAAUUGAGGAGGUGCUAGACCUCUCUCUGAUCCAGCAGCAGGCAGAGAACGGAGCUCUGGACAUCAGUAAGGUGGUUGAGUUUGUCAUUGGUAUGAUGGGUUCACUCUGCGCUCCGAGCCGGGAUGAGGAAAUCAGGAAGCUUCGGGAAAUCACAGAUCUUGUGCCUCUGUUAAAGGCGAUAUUUCCAGUGAUGGAUAAAAUGAAACUUGAUAUGGCCAAUUUUGCAGUCAGCAGUAUCCGACCCCACCUCCUGCAACAAUCCGUUGAGUACGAACGGAAGAAAUUCCAGGAGUUUGUUGAAAAACAACCCAACGCCUUAGACUUUACUGAGAAGUGGCUUCAAGACUCUGCUAAAUCUGUACUUCAUGAAGAUCAAGCGGGUGGGGCGGGUAGUUUACCCACUCCUCUCGCUGUGCACAACCAUGCUUACCUGCGUCUGCUUAAAUGGAACCACGCCUCUGAUCCUUUCCCUGAGACUCUUCUCAUGGACCAAGUGCGUUUCCAGGAAAUGCAGCAGGUCUUGGAGCAGCUGGUUCUGGUGGCGUCUGUGCUACUCAUAGUGUACAACACCACAGGAGAGGCCAUCUCAGGCCUGCCAGGCCUUAUGGACAGACUGAAGAGGACCAUCGGGGUUCUGCUCACAGAGAUGCACAUGCCGUCUUUCAGUGCAGAUGAAGCCUUGGCUACCAUUGGAGAGAGGAUGUGUGUGGAGCUAAGUGGAUGUCUAUCAGAACAUGGCUUCUCCCCGUUCUCCACCAACCGGCAGAGCAUUCUGAAAGGCCAGAUCUCGGCUGUUACUCUCCCAGACAACGCCAUCCGCAGGCUUAUAGGCUCCCGCAUCCAGACUUACCUGCUUGCCUUCCUGGAGUCCAGUCACAGGAGUGCUCCAACCCUGCCAGGGGGCCUAGCUCCAAUCAGCAAAGAGCUGGAAGAGAUUGCCAUGAAGUUUGGCCGUCUGGUCCACUUCAACAAGUUGGUUUAUUCCCCUUUCUACCAAAAGAUCCUUCAGGAGAUUGUGCAAGAAGGAGAAAGUCAUGACACCUAGGCUUUAACACUGAACUGUCAAAUAAAAUGGGAUUACUGUAGGUUAUCCAUGCUUUCCAUUGUAUGGCUAAAGAUAAUGUAAUAAUGACAGUAUUGUACAAUGCCAGUAUUAAUUGAUAUCAAAAUACUUAUACACAAGCGCUGUUGCAUUCACAUGUUACUUAUUUGAUGAUGGUGCAUCUGUUUCUGGAUUGGUACAACAAACACGGGUAAAAAAGGCUUAAUACAAAACUGCAUGUUUUCUUUUACUUGCAUUAAAUAAGGAGCUCUGUGAUAGCACCUGGAAAUGA